CUCCACCGGGCCUGGGCACGGCGAUCACAUGACUAAGCAGCAUGCGACCCUGGGGGACACGAAUCCCUUUUUCGACGAAGAACAAGCUGAGCUUUGCUAAAACCACUAUCUUUAAGACUUUCUUCUCGAGCUCUUCGGGAAUACCCCGCCUUCGGUCCCAGGUGCUCACGCGAUCGCUUGGCGACAUUGCUCCUCGACAUCAACCCGCCAAUAUGGCAAGUCGGCAAAUCACACGGCGCAUUAUCAGCAGCGCAGCGAUCGCACUAUGUCUUGUCUUCUUCCUCUUCAUUCGACCGCAAGGGCCACCUAGCCCCGCCAUCCGCGCCCCCGGCCACAUCGACCAUUCCGCACCCGUGACCGCGCCGGGCAUAAGCAUCCAAGAUAGCACAUUGAAGGGCGAGGUGGUGAUGCCCAAGCUGGGCAACGAGACUGUCAAGGCUGAAUUAGGUCGUGCGACAUGGAAGUACUUCCACACGGUAAUGGCGCGAUACCCCGAAACGCCCACGGAAGACCAGCAGGAGGCGCUGCGCUCUUACAUCUAUCUAUUCGCUCGGUUAUAUCCAUGCGGAGAAUGUGCAUCGCAUUUCCAGCAACAUCUCAGCAAAUAUCCCCCUCAGGUUUCCUCGCGCAAUGCAGCUGCGGGCUGGGCAUGCUUCAUCCAUAAUGAGGUCAAUGCGAUGCUCGAUAAGCCCGAGUUCGACUGCGCCAAUCUGGGUGAAUUUUAUGAUUGUGGGUGUAAUGGGGAUGAAGAGGGUGGGAAGGGCAAGCAAGGAUCUGCUACUUCACGGUCUGACGCGGGGAAGGAUGGCACGAGGCAUGAUGGGCCGGCUGUGGAAAUUUCCAAGGAAGAGACUACCCGCGGUUGACCGAUUGAAUUUUUCUUAUACGCAUUCGGGUCCGGUCUUAUUUAG